AUGCGAAUUGGUAUUAUUGGUAGGGCCUUUACAGAUAGGCCCAGCCGUACUAUUAUUGGACUCCUAUUAAAAUUUACAAUGCUACUGAUACCUUGUGAUUAUUUACUGGUACCUACUGAUGGUACACCAAUUGUCAAUAUUGAUGUCGCCGAACGAUCACCAGCCACUUCUUCUGCUGGGUAUAUUCAAUACAAAGUAGAAAAUGGAUCUAUUUUUGAUGAAAUAGCAAAGAAAGCAUUCAUUUCAUUACAUUCUGAGCCGUACAUCGAACCACCGUUGCUAACUUUUGAUCAAAAACGUUUAAAAUGGCUUCAACGAUAUAUGCGAAAACAAUUAAAAGCCGAGAAAAAAGGGAAGAAAGUGAUUUCUUCACCGAAAGAAGCAUUACAACAAGUGAAUCAAGAAGUAAGCUUAGGAAGAUUAGAUGAUUCAAGGCCUAUAGCACAUUGUGAUGGUCAAAUUUUUAAGCAACGUAUACGUAUGGAUGGUUGUUUAUCAAAGGUAUAA